CUAUCGUCUCUGCGAUAGUACGAACCAACUCGUCCAAACCCCCCUCACUUGGAAGGACAGUGCUGGAAUGCUUUGUUUCGUUGUCUCCUGAUUGUAAGACCGAAGACCUUGAGGAUCUUGUCUACGUUAUUAUGGAUAUUUACUCUUUGAGGGGCCAUCAUGUUGACGGCGAGAAAAUAGAUGUUCAAAAGAUAGUGGCAAAAUUUCGCAACUUAUGUAUAGAGUUGGCCCCUUUGCUGAGUGGUUGCAAGCGUAGUGACAAGGACGAGCACGUCUUCUUGGUUUUGGAUAAGGUUGUCCAAGAGCUCCCUUGGGAAAGUCUGCCGAGCCUUCGCAAGCGUUCUACCAGCCGUAUUCCUUCACUUUCUUUCCUGAUCGAUCGUCUUAAAUUGGCGACUCUACAACAAUCCAAUCAGAAACCCCUACAGAAACCUCUGCAAAGUGCACGGACGCCGCUAAACCCUAAAAAGGUCUAUUACGUCCUUAACCCUGAUGGGGACUUGAAAAGGACCGAGGAUACUUUCACACCAUGGCUCAAGCAAAUGAAAGAUGUGGGUUGGAAUGGCCUCAUAGGAAGAAAGCCAACGGAAUUUGAACUUAGCAACGCACUCAGCACUGCUGAUCUCUUUAUUUACUUUGGCCAUGGAGGCGCGGAGCAAUAUAUAAGAGGCAGUAAGAUUCGCUCUCUUGUCAAGUGCUCCUCAGUCAUGUUGUGGGGUUGUUCAUCGGGUGCCAUGGAAGAGGCGGGUCGAUUCGAUCGCUUGGGAACGCCAUAUAACUAUCUCCUCGGCGGAUGUCCGCUGAUUGUGGCAAACCUGUGGGAUGUUACAGAUAGAGACAUCGACAAAUUUGCACAGGCUGUCUUCAAUAAACUGGAAUUGAAGCCUGAAAAAGUAAAACGAUACAUAACCAAUGAAGUAGCUCAUAGUGUCUCUGUGGUUACAGCUUUAGGCAUAACCAUAAAAUCUGAGUGGCGUUCUCAGAUCAAGGCGCCUUUUAGUCUCUGCCAUAUUAUUUCUGGCGACUGUGAGCAGCGAACAAAGCGAUCAGAUGGAUCAGAACACGCCGUGGUUCGUGGCCAACGAUGCAAAGCACUGGUCCCAUCGCUUCCAAUUUACCCCAGGUUUUCCGAGAAACAACACCAGUCCCUGUCAGAGUCAUUUCACCUGGACGGGCUACGCCGUUCCAUGCAGCGCUUUCGUCAGGGGACGGCACGUUCAACAGCUUCUACCUCAGUGGCGGACUUGGAACCAUCAUAUCGACGCAUCAGGGCCUCGUACGAGUCAUCAGAAGCCUCUUACUUGACAGGAAAACAGUUCCUAAACUCGCUUGUUCGAGCAAAAGAAUCCAUGCAGCCAGCAAUAGAUCAAAUACGAUCGCUUUUACAUCCCAUUCGGCGGUACCCGAAUGAUAUACUCAGUCUCAUCUUUCUUGCUGCAGUAAAAGCAGAGCAAGAUCAAGAACAUUCCCUUAUAUCAGAUAACACAAUCCAUUCUCCUCGUUACAAACGUCGGCAUAUCGCUCUUGUCAUCUCGCAAGUAUGUAAAGCAUGGAGGGCACUUGCUCAUGCUACUCCAGAACUAUGGUACACAGUCCGUUUGAACCUAUCGCGUAGAAGUAGCCUGGAUACAUCAAAACUAGCGCAUUUUGCAUAUUAUGCAAAAGCCGUGCCACUUGACGUAGUAAUAUAUCAGCUACAACCCUCAUUCUUCUCCAACUAUGCAACCAUGGAUAGUGAUGACGAAAGCGAGGUCACUCCUCUACUCGACAUCGUCAACAAUAUAGGUACUUUGGAAAUUCAAUUGAUCCAUUUCCGAGCUCUUCCCCUUCUUUCUAGAUUAGGCACCAAAAAAUUGGGUCGACUCAAGGAACUCUUGCUGAGGAAUGAUCACAUUGUUCUUUCAACCAAUCUAGAGUUUAGUUUGACGAAUUAUCUUUCAUCUAUGUCGAACCUUCGCAAAUUAACCUUGAUACAUGUAUCCCUAAACCUUUCUCUCCACGAUGUGGGCUUCAGCCUUCCCACUUUGUCGCAACUAAUUGUUCAUAGCCCCGAAAAUGUUGAUACAAGCUUUGCCGAAACCAUGGAUGUGGUAGAGAUGCCAUACUUAACGUCCAUCACGACUAAUUUCAUGGCUCUCCGACAUUCCUUCUCGACUUCCUUUUCCGCGGGUCGCAUAAUUGCUCCAAAUCUGACCAAAUUCGCGCUUGUCUCAGAGGGCAAAGAUACAUCGACCUACUUGGGUAAUUUUCUCGAAGAAAUGACCACCAUUCGAGAGAUGUUCCUAUACGGCGACUUUGAUCCAUUGUCUCAGCCCAUAUCACAGUCAUUUUUUAAGCAAACGCCAUUGCUCCACACUUUGACCAUCAACAAGAUGUGCCAGCAAUUCGUUGAUCUUCUUUCGGCCAUGGAUGAGGUUCAAGAACCCUUAGCAUUUCCAGUCUUAUUACGCCUCGCUGUCGACUGGAGGGCGCACCUGCAUUGGCGCGAAGCCGCUGGACCAUUUCUCAUUUGGGUCACACGAUUCUCUCUUGCCGCAAACAAGGGCAGCGAUACUGGGCAAAAUGAAGCUGGUCAAGCAUUAUGA